GCCUCAGCGGUAGCCACGGAAGAACGGGUAGGGGAGUGCACCCUUGGCGGUUUGCUCCGCUCUGUGGAGGAGCGAUGGGGAGGCGUUGGGCUAGGGCCGAGAUAGGAAGGAGCCCAGCCGUCGACGCAUCCCACGCCCUUAGCCCCUGAGCCGUGAUGCGAACGUGGGUCCUACUCAUCGCGGCGCUCUGGUCCCUCGUAAGAGUCGGACCGCAACGUUCUUCUUUGCUCAGUAAGAAAGGCUUUGUUUAUGGCACGUUAGGACACCCAGUGAAAAUAUAUGUAAAAUUACGUCAGAAUAGCCCAUUCCUCAUCUGUAUGGAUUUUGGUCGUGCUAGUAAAGAAACAGUGGACCCCACCUACUUAUGGAUUGGGCCUAAUGAAAAAGCAUUAACAGGAAAUAAUCGAAUAAGUGUAACAAACACAGGACAGCUGAUGGUGAAAGAUUUUCUAGAAGCUUUGUCUGGACUUUACACAUGUACUCUUUCUUAUAAGACUAUCAAAGCAGAAACUCAAGAAGAAACUAUUAUAAAGAAGCGAUAUGAUUUUAUGAUCUUUGCCUAUAGGGAACCUGAUUAUUCAUAUCAGAUGGCUUUGCGUUUCACCACAAAGUCUUGUAUAGGAAGAUUUAAUGACCUGCUUUUUAGAGUCCUAAAGAAAAUCUUGGAUAAUUUAAUCUCUGAUUUGUCAUGCCAUGUCAUAGAACCAUCAUAUAAAUGCCAUCUUGUUAAAGUUCCAGACCGUGGCCUCAUAAAUGAGCUAUUUAUAGCCUUUCAAGUUAAUCCUUUUGCGCCAGGGUGGAAAACUGCAUGCAAUGUAUCUGUUGACUGUGAAGAUAUCACUAAUCAUAAUAUCCUCCAGGCAAGAGAUCGGAUAGAAGAAUUUUUUCGGAGCCAAGCAAACAUUUUAUCCCAUCACAUCAAUAGAAGUGUACCUGCUAUGCAUUUUGUGGACCAUAGUUUUCAGGUUGUACGUAUGGAUAGCUGUCGACCAGGCUUUGGAAAAAAUGAAGGCCUACAUAGCAACUGUGCUAGCUGUUGUGUGGUUUGUAGCCCUGGGACUUUUAGUCCCGAUGUUGAUGUAACGUGUCAGAUUUGCAUUUCUGUCCAUUCCUAUGGAGCUAAAUCUUGCCCAUAAACAACAGACGAAACUCAGCAGUGUGAAGACUAGAGGUGAAAGCAUUGCUACCUGCUUGUAGAGGUAGGGGACAUAAGAUGAUUCAGUCACAUCCUAGAGCAGCAUCACAGAUAACUCCAUAAAAUAGAACCAAUAAGACCAAAACAUUGGAAGGCAAACAUUUUUAGAAACUUCUCAAAACUCAUUAACAUGACAAGAGUUAAAUGCUAAGAAGGCAUUUGACCCAAUAUCUCCAGUGUACAAAGGAAAGUUUUAAGUAUUGGUGGAUGAUUUUUGAUGAAAUAUGUUUUAUUGUACACAAACUGAAUCUUGUUUUGUACCUAAGACUAUAUUAAGGUCACGAAGAGUAGCAAAGCAUACUAUAAUAAAAAGUUUAUAUUUUCCGUAUGUUAACUUGUUUGAAAUCACUCUUAUGUAAAGUUAUGUAUAUUACCUUUGUAAUUAGACUCCAAAAUAUCUAGUUCCUGUGCUUUUAUUUUUAAAUAAUAGAAUUAUGUUUUUUAGUAUAGGCUUAGAUUUACAGAGUAAUCAAGCAGAUAAUACAUAGAGUUGUAUGCAGUUGUCCUAUACCCUCAUCCCUCCCUAGUUUUCCCCUAGUAUGAACAUACUACAUUCAUUGUGGCAUACUUUUCCCAAUUAAUGAACCAAUACUGAUACUUAUUAUUAACUACAGUCUCAGGUCUACAUUAAAGUUUUAUUCUUUGUGUUUUAGGUAUUGGCAAAUGCAUAAUGACAUGUCCGCCAUUACAGUUUCAUACAGAAUAGACCCACCACCCAAAAAUUCUAUCUCACAUACUCAUCCCUCCCUCCGAGCCCCUGAGUCCCUGGUUUCCACUGUCUUGAUAGUUUUGCCUUUUUCAAAAUGUCAUAGUUGGAAUUAUGAAGUGUAUAGACUUUGCAGAGUGGCUUCUUUCACUUAGCAAAUAUACCUUUCAGGUUUCUGUAUGUCUUUCCAUGACUUUAGUAGCUUAUUAUAUCAUAGUGUAUUUAUCCAUUCACCCAUUACAGAAAUCUUGGUUGCUUCCCAUCUUGGGCAACUAUGAAUAAAGCUGCUAUGAACAUUUG